GCGCUCUUUUAGCGCAACCAUGACUAUUCAAUACGUUUAACUCCUCUUGUGCUUGCAAACUGUCAUUAGCGGCUAGCGAGGUAACACGCACAUACUCACUGACGGGCGUGAGACAGCAGGUUGACUUUGACUGGACCUACUGAGCAAGGAGUCCCAGGAAACCAUGAAAUACGCCGUGUCCACAGCAGUCGUGACGGCGGGAGUGGUGCUGGUGACUACAGCGGGCAUUGCACUGGGCUAUUAUUUCUAUGGCCGGAAGAAGAAGCCUUUAGUCACCCUGCUCGACCCCACAGUCAAAUACCAGCUCAGGCUCAUCGACAAGGAGGUGCUCAGCCAUGACACCCGCAAGUUCCGCUUCGCCCUCCCCAGCGAGGAGCACAUCCUGGGCCUGCCUGUAGGGAAGCAUGUGUACCUGUCUGCUCGUGUUGAUGGCAACCUGGUGGUGCGCCCAUACACUCCCGUGUCCAGUGACGAUGACCAGGGAUUUGUUGACUUGGUGGUGAAGAUUUACUUCCGGAAUGUACACCCCAAGUUUCCCGAGGGGGGGAAGAUGUCCCAGUAUCUGGAGAGUCUGCGUGUGGGAGACGUCAUCGAUUUCAGAGGCCCGGGGGGGCUGCUGGAGUACACUGGCACCGGUACGUUUGCGGUGCAGCCGGAUAAGAAGUCUCCCCCUGAGACCAAGUCUGCUGCCACGCUGGGGCUCAUUGCUGGGGGAACAGGUAUCACUCCUAUGUUGCAGCUGGUGAGGGCUAUCAUUAAGGACCCCAGUGACCAGACCACAUGCCACCUGCUGUUUGCCAACCAGACUGAGAAGGACAUUCUGCUUCGAGAUGAGCUAGAGGAGAUUCAAGCCAGACAUCCAGACCGCUUCAAGCUAUGGUUCACUGUGGACCGUGCUCCAGAAGGGUGGGAGUACAGCGAGGGCUUCAUCAGUGCAGACAUGAUCCAGGAGCACCUGCCCCCCCCCAGCGACGACUGCAUGGUCCUGAUGUGCGGUCCUCCCCCCAUGAUCCAGUUUGCCUGCAACCCCAACCUGGACAAGCUGGGCUACCGACAGACCCAGCGCUUCGCUUACUAGCCUCCGCAAUCCCGCCCCCUCCAGCUCAGCCAAUCACCACACCCGCUAACUCCUGCCCGUCCAAUCAGAGAACAACUCUUAGAAGUGUUAAUUAAGGCAUCCUGUGUGAUUAUUGUGCGUGACUGAGCUGAGAACCUUUGGGAUCUUUACCUUGGAGUGGAGCUGGUUUGCAACCCCUGUUUCCUAUCCUUCUGGCGCCCCCUUCAGGGCCUGAUCUGAAAUGCACCCCAAAGAGCUCUGGUUUAUGCACAAGCCUCUGAAACCCACUCUGAGGGCCAGCUUUAGUAUUGCACUAGAGAAUGAGAGAAAGGGAGAGAAAAAGAGAGAGAGAGAGAAAUAGAGAGAUGCAGUGGCAGGGAAAGAGAGAGAGAAGGAGGAAGGAAAUGAGAUGGUGAGAGAAAGAUAAUGAAAACUUAGUGUCAUUUGGAACUCAUAAGAACCCUGAUGUAACAUCUUAGUGUCAUUUGGAACUCAUAAGAACCCUGAUGUAACAUCUUAGUUUUUUUCAUGCUCAGAAAACACCCCCAACCCCCACCCUUUCUCUCUCUCUCUCUCUUUCUCUCUUUCUCUCUCUGUACGUGUGUGAGUGUGUAUGCAGCUUUAAGUGCGCUAGCUUCUGCAGAGGGAUUAUGGGGGUUGCUGAGACACCUGCUGCAACUACAAACGAUCUGCCACAGUUCUUCUCUUUCUCUGCCUGGUGGUCCUAAAAUAGCCUGAGAGCCCGCCCACCCGCGCUGGCAAUGCUCGGUGGUGUGUGUGUGUGUGUGUGUGUGUGCGUGCAGCUGCAUCUACGUCUCUGGCUCUGUCUGACUCUGACUCUGACCACUCUUUCUCUGACUUCCUCUGAUCCUGGUCAGAUGCCUUACGCACUUGUCACUACAAACGUGAUGUCUGUGGCCUUGGUGCUUGUAUGGUCAAACCAGUUAUUAUUUUGUAUGUCAGUGUGUGCGGGGACAUCGUUUUCUUAUAUGCAUGUAAUGAGUUGUUUACUAUGUUUUCUUAUUGUUUUUCCUAAAGGUGUAUUUUUGAGCUGCAGUGCACUCCUACUACUGGUUCAAUACACUGCAGAUGCUUGGGAGAGAAUAAACAGUGUCAUAUCAGAAA